CUGUUUCUUAUAAGCCGUUGCUGCGAACAGAACAGAGACGACAACAACAGAGGAGCAACGAAGCACAACAUCAGAUCCACCUUACUCUGUUUGCUUCCAGUUUUCAUCACCCUCAUUCUCUGUUCCCAUUCUGCUUCCUUCCACGUUCUCUCUGUUUCGCUUUGGGCCAAUGAGUUGAACCACAUUGAAGGAAUCCACUUGCAGGGGAGUGAGUGAACGAGAUGUUUCGUUCUGCAAGAUGGAGAAGCGAGAAGAACAGGGUCAAAGCUGUUUUCAAGCUGCACUUCCAUGCCACCCAGGUGUUUCAAUCUGGGAUGGAUGCAUUGGUGCUGUCUAUAGUUCCAGGGGACAUUGGAAAGCCAACUACGAAAUUAGAGAAAGCUACAGUUCGAGAUAGAACUUGUAGAUGGGAAAAUCCGGUCUAUGAAACUGUUAAGUUUAUUCAAGAACCCAAGACUGGGAAAAUCAAUGACAAAAUAUAUCAUUUUUUGGUUUCAACGGGGUUACCAAAAGCUAGUUCCAUUGGGGAGGUUUCUAUGAAUUUUGCUGAUUAUGUGGAAGCCACUAAGCCCUCCUCUGUCGCUCUUCCCAUCAGGAUUUCUCACUGUGAUGCUGUUUUGCAUGUAUCAAUUCAGAGGCUGCAAGAAAACGGUGAUCGAAGAGAGGAAGAAGAAUGUGAAGAUGUGAAACUAAAGUCCGAUGAUAGGAGCUCAAGGAAUCAAUUAAGCAACGGCAAUAAGGAUGAAACAAGUAGAAGUUGUUCUUCUGAAGAUGUGUCUGCCAAAGCAAUCAUCAAUAGAGCUGAAUUGAGUUCUAAUUAUAGGACAUCUAGUGGCUCUGAUAUGACAUUGUCAAGUUCUGAUGACAGCUCUGGAUUUGAUACUCCCCGGGAAAUUGGACCUAGAAAAAAGAACAUCCACCUCAACACAAAAAGGUUUCUUCCAGACCCAGUUUUACACCAUGCUUCAGAACCUCAAAACCUUGCUCUCAAUGCCUCAACAUCAAUGCAUGAUGUACAUCAGAGAUCACACUGGGACUGGUCAGCGGGUUCGGAGCAUAGGCUAAGUACAGAUGAUUCAACAUAUGGUUCUCAUCAUAAUUCUCUCCCGAAGGAAAGCAACCAACAACCUUCUCCUUUAGAGAUUGAAAGUCUCAAGGCUGAACUUGCUGCUUUGGCCAGGCAGGUGAAUGUGUCAGACUUGGAAUUACAGACCCUCAGGAAGCAAAUUGUGAAGGAAUGCAAAAGAGGGCAGGAUCUUGCGAAAGAAGUCAUCGUCUUGAAAGAGGAAAAGGAAGCACUCAGGACAGAAUGUGACAAUCUCAGGUCUUUUCAGAAACGCAUGGAUGAGGCCAAAGUGAGGAACAGAUCACAAUUGGAAGGUGGAGAUCUUCAUGCUCUUGUUGAAGAAAUAAGACAAGAAUUGGAUUAUGAGAAGGACCUAAACGCAAAUCUCCGAUUACAGUUAAAGAAGAUGCAAGAAUCUAAUGCCGAACUGGUUCUUGCAGUGCAAGAUCUGGAUGAAAUGUUGGAGCAGAAAAAUAGGGACAUAUCUAACCAUUCCUAUAUAAAUGAGCAGGAUAAAAAUUCCCAAGAGAAAAGGAAAAACCUCUCUAAAUGUGAAACGGAUGAUGACGAAGAACAGAAAGCAUUGGAGGAGCUUGUUAAGGAACACACUGAAGCCAGUGAGACACACUUACUGGAGAAGAAAAUAGUAGACCUCUAUGGUGAAAUAGAGAUGUAUAGGAGAGACAAAGAUGAGUUAGAGAUGCAGAUGGAACAGCUUGCACUGGACUAUGAGAUACUGAAGCAGGAAAACCAUGGCCUUGCAUAUAAGCUGGAGCAAAGCGAUCUGCAAGAACAGUUGAAAAUGCAGUAUGAAUGUUCAUCUCCUCCUGCUACAAUGAAUGACAUUGAAAACCACAUCAAGAAUCUGGAAGAUCAACUCAAGGAACAAUCAGAAGACUUCUCAAAUUCUCUGGCUACCAUUAAGGCACUUGAAAGCCAUAUCAGAGGAUUAGAGGAGGAAAUGGAGAAACAAGCACAAGGAUUUGAAGCUGAUCUAGAAGCAGUGAUGCAUGACAAAGUUGAACAAGAGAAAAGAGCCAUCCAAGCUGAGGAAGCUUUGCGAAAGACCAGACUGAAAAAUGCUAAAACUGCUGGGAGGCUUCAAGAGGAAUUCCAAAGGCUCUCCUCGCAAAUGACCACCACAUUUGAUGUGAAUGAGAAGGCUACCAUGAAAGCAUUGACAGAAGCAAGUGAAGUGCGUGCACAGAAAAGAUUACUGGAAGAAAAGCUGCAUAAUGUCAAAGAAGAACUGGAGUCAUCUAAAGCUGAUUAUGAGGUAAAACUGAACCAACUUUCGAACCAAAUAGAUAUGAUGAAAGUUCAGAUACAACAGAUGUUGUUGGAAAUUGAGGACAAGUCCAAGCAGCUUCAAAAUCAGAAGAAGCACGAGGAACGAGUUAUUAGGGAUUUCUCUAAUGAGAUCGUGUUACUAAAAUCUGAGAAUGGAAAGCUUAAUGAGGAUAUUUCAUGCUUACAUGAUCAAGUAGAAGGAAAAGAAAUUUUAAGAACUGACUUGGAAGCUAUGAAAAAAUCAAUUGAGGAAUCUGAGGCACUCGUACAGAAAGGAACUGUGGAAAGAAAUGAACUGGUGGGUACAAUUGCAUUGUUGAAGAAGGAGGCAGAACAGUCACUUAAUGAGCUAAACAGAAUGAGACAUCUUAAGGAUAAAAAAGAAAAAGAGAUUAGAGUCUUGCAAUCAGAGUUGGAGGCUGUUAGAGCUCAGUACAGUGACCUGAAACUCUCUCUUUCUGAGGACGAAAUUGAGAAAGAAAAACUACAAAAGCAAGUUUUGCAGCUAAAGGGUGAAUUGAAGAAGAAAGAUGAUGCUUUAAUCAGCACCGAGAAGAGGUUCAGGGAAAGUAAUGGACGCGCACAACUUACUGAUGGAACUAAAAAUAUUCCAAAGAACAAAAAAACUGCUUCAGUUCCUCAGAAUUCAAAGGAAAUAGCCAGUCUGAGGGAGAAAAUAAAAACACUUGAGGGAAUGAUACAGUCAAAGGAAACUGCCUUGGAAACUUCAACAACUUCAUUCUUGAAGAAGGAAAAGGAACUCCAGACCAAAAUUGAGGAGCUGGAGGACAAAUUGGAGGAAUUCAACCAAAGUAUUGCUUUGCAGAAGGUGGUUCAGGAUAGAAGUACAGUUGAGCAUCUCAAUGCUGCUGCAUCUUCCUCUGGGGUUGCAUUGUUAUUCAAGAGUAACGUAAACUUGCCGGAGAAAGAAGCAGGAACCUCCAUAAUGGAUACUUCAGAUAGCAUUCUUGCUGACUUAUUAACCGAGCUAACAUCAUUGAAGGAGAGAAACAAAUCAAUGGAAAGCGAACUUAAAGAGAUGCAAGAGAGAUACUUAGAAAUGAGCCUCAAUUUUGCCGAGGUAGAAGGUGAAAGACAAAAGCUCGUUAUGACUGUACGGAAUCUCCAGAAAGGCUAAUAAGUUCCUCCUGAUAUCUUGGAGCCUGCAUUGCAUAGUUGAAGCAGCGGCCUUUGCAACUAAACACAUUUCUUAACAAAUAAAUUAAUGUAUAAAAUGGUAAAAUACAUGUAAUUUUUUUUUCUUGCCCUUGAUAUUUGCUUCCAAGUGCUAAAUGUGUUCCCCAUUGGGUAUCAUUUUACAAAGUUAUCAGUUAAUUUGUAAUGCCCAAGUUGUUACCAAUGGUUCUCUCUUGCUCUCAUGUUCGGUAAACAAGGAUCAGCUGUUUUCUUGUGUCUUUUUUGCUUUUAUAAGCAUACAUAUUCUUUAAUCUUUAUUGUAUCUAUUAAUAUAUAAUACAAAUGAUCAGUUCUUUUAUUGAUAUAA